AUGGUGUUCGUAAUGUGGGCGAUUAGGCCAAAAGGCGAGACGUAUGACAUCACAAAUGAAUAUGACAUUGAUGAGUUCUCAGUUCAUGAACUAGACGCAAUGAUGCUAGAGCUAGGUUACUUUGUACCCCCAGUAAUAUAUUACCAUUUUAGGAUUCCUCAUGAAGACUUGGAUUUUGGCCUCAAAGCUUUAGGGAAUGAUAAUGAUGUCUUGAAUUUGGCUCAGUAUAUUGGAGAUAACAAGGUCACUGAAGUGUAUACAGAACAUGGAAAAACUAAUUUGCUGACCUAUUUUAUGUCUCCAAAAGGAAAGCAAAAAGUUAUUAUUAAGGAGCUCUGUGAUGGUGAUCUUCCAAAAGAAGCAAAUGUACCUCAAGUACCAGCAAAGGAUAAAACCCCUAUGAUAGAUGAAGCUAAUGAUCAAACACAGUUGGCAUGGUAUAUGUCCUUGAUACUCUUUGACAAAGUCCCUACACAAGUUUCACCACAGUAUAGAAGAAAUGGAAGGGUGAACUCAAUAGUUGGUCAAAGUUCUUGUGCCAAAAAGCUUUGUUUAGUUGAAUUGGAUGAUGUGGUAGAAGAUCAAGGUGGUGAUCAUGCUAAAUUGGAUGAUGUUGUACAAGAUCAAGGUGGUGAGAAUCCUAAAUUAGAUGAUGUGGUACAAGAUCAAGCUGGUGAGCAUGCUAACAUGAAUGAUGUGGUUCAAGAUCAAGAGGUUGAGCAUGCUAACAUGGAUGAUGUGGUACAAGAUCAAGGUGGUGACCAUGAUAACUUUGAUUAUGAUGAAUUUCAUUAUGAGAACUUUUCUCAUGAUCACUUUGAUCCUUUUGAUGGAGAACAUUAUCAACCACCAGAAGAUGAGAAUGUUGAAGACCAUCAGUCUGAACAUGAAAAGUCUGCUGACAGUGAUGAUCUUAGGCAACAAUCAGAAGAACAAUAUGAUGAACUUGUUGAUGAUGAAAACAAUGUAUCAGAAGUGGAGGUGGAUAUGACUGACUUUAACCUCAAUCUUGAUAAGGAUUAUGGUUGUGUUCAAAUGGAUGGGUUUCAUAACGGGGCUUGGGACAAAUGA